AUGCUCACCAAGCUUGACCAGACUACUUUUAUAGAAACAGGCCUCGACAGCAUCCCGACCCCUUCCCAAACACUAGGAGGGAAGAUGGUUGCACCUCACAAGCUGAAAGACCACAGAGCCAAGCUCCGACUCCAGCAGCAACGGGAGACCACGCUCCAAUACAGGCGGAAGCGGAGAGCCGCGCUCAGACUACUGUUCCAGCAGAGAUCUGCUAGCCUUCUUAACCAGCGACAGACCUGGACUACCACAGCCCGCAGACGCAAUGCAACGACCAAGCAACAGGACAGGAAAAACCGACCAAGACUCAAGCAACUGAUUCACGGGGCCUGCUGCCCUGCCCUGCAAGCAAAGCGCCUGAAGCACACAAUCUACCAGGCUCCUGACAGGCUGAUGCCUACAGCAUGA